CGGCUCCCCCUGCACCAUGGCGACACUGAGCACCAAGCCAAGUCAGCGUUUCCGGCUGCCAGACUGGCACACCAACAGCUACCUGCUGGCCACCAAUGCCGAGCUGCAGCGAGAUGCUUCCCAUCAGAUCCGCCAGGAGGCCCGCAUCCUCCGCAAUGAGACCAACAACCAGACCAUUUGGGAUGAACACGACAACAGGACUCGACUGGCAGAGAGGAUUGAUACCGUCAACCGAUGGAAGGAGACGCUGGACAAGUGUCUGACGGAUUUAGAUGCGGAAAUCGACGCCCUGGCACAGAUGCAAGAAUCAGCGGAGCAAAACCUGCAGGCUAAGAACCUGCCUCUGGACGUGGCAAUCGAGUGUCUGACCCUGCGAGAAAGUCGGCGUGACAUCGACGUGGUGAAAGACUCUGUGGAGGAAGAGCUGCACAAGGAGGUGGAGGUCAUUGACGCCACCAAGAAGGUCUUGCAUCAGAAGAUAAGCCAGGCCUUCGAGAAGCUCUGCCUCCUACAGGAAGUCCGACAGCAGCUCGCCUCUGACCAUCGGGACAAGAUGGAGACACUGGAUAUUGACAGAGGCUGCCUCUCUCUCAACAUCACGUCCCCAAACAUCUCUCUGAAGAUCAAUCCCACACGUGUGGACAACAGCUCCUGCACACUCAAGCAGUGGGAUGACUUCAGUCAGUUCAACAAGAACAGGGCAGAAGCUGAGAUGAAAGAAGCUGUGGAGCUGAGGGAGGCCAUCGCGCUUGCUAUUGCCCAGACCAACAAUGAACUUGAAGCCCAGAGGGUUGCAACGGAAUUUGCCUUCAGGAAGCGCCUGCAGGAGAUGGAGAAGCUGUACAGUGAGCUAAAGUGGCAAGAGAAGAAUACCUUGGAGGAGAUCGCUGAGCUGGAGAAGGACAUCCGGCACCUGGAAGAGGAUCUGCGCAGAAAGUUAAUGAACCUGAAGUUAUGCCAUACUCGGCUAGAGGCUAGAACCUACCGGCCCAACGUGGAACUCUGCAGGGACCAGGCUCAGUAUGGCCUCACUGACGAGGUUCACCAGUUAGAAGCAACCAUCGCUUCCCUGAAACAGAAGCUGGCACAAGUGCAGGAUGCUCUGGACGCCCUGUACAAGCACCUGGCCCGGCUGCAAGCUGACAUUGCCUGCAAGGCCAAUUCCAUGCUGCUGGACACCAAAUGCAUGGACACUCGUCGCAAGCUGACUGUGCCUGCUGAGAAGUUUGUGCCUGAAGUGGACACUUUCUCCCGCACCACAAAUCGCACCCUGAGUCCACUCAAAAGCUGCCAGCUGGAGCUGGCUUAGUUUUGGCACUGAGGAAGGGAAAGUUAGGUGGGAAAAGGAAGGUGGG